UAGCAGAAAGUGAUUAUAAUUGGCUUAGUGGUUUCAACAAAGGGGUUAUAAUGAAUUAAUUAAAUUUUAAAUUGAUGUCUUUCUGUAUUUUUUUGAUUGUUGUAUGAUAUAUGAUUAAUUUGGAUAAUCUAUUUGUUAUUUUUUCAGACUUUUUAUUAACUUUUUGUUAUAGUUGAAGCCAAGCUUAUUACAGAAAUCUUUUUGUAGUGUAGUUGAGAUAUUGUUGCAGUAUUUUUUGUUAUGAAAUUGUGGUUUAAAAAAAUUGUGCACGAUCACAAAAACAGGUUUUAUUUUCCUGUAUGGAUCAAAGUUUUUUAAAACCACAGCUUAAAAACCUUUUUGACGGAUAGAAAAGAUGACAAUGGAGAGCUUUUUUCAAGUAUUUAUUAUUCUGCUGCUUGCUAUUUCACCAGUGUAUUCACAAUCCGUGUUCAUAAAAGAAAAUAAUAAAAAUAACACAGUACAACAUAACGCUGUCAUUAAAACAUCCCUUGUGCAUGCUUUUAAGCAAAGUGUUGUUGAAGAUUUGAAAAGCACAGAAAUUGCACCAACUGUUAACAAGCCAAGCUAUGAUAUUAUUGUAACUUCUUCAGUUAGUUUCAAAAACAAAAAGAAAGCAUCAUCAUUAUCUGCAGAAAUAGAAAGUAAACUAAAGAAAAUUGUCAACAGUAAAGAAACUGCAACGUCAGCAAACGAGAAAAGUGUGCAAAGUAAAGAUAUUAUUAGUAGUAGUGCGAUUUUAAAUGAUAUUAAAUCAACCAAGAAAAUGUUUUUAUCAGUAGUAAAAAAAAUUUCUGCAUCAAAAUCUCAUUCCAAUACAAUUGAAACGAGAAUAAAAUAUACAACAUCACAUAAAAUUUAUUCUUCUUCCAGUUACUUAAAAAGUUCUCCCAAAAGUAGGAAAAACGAAGCAUUUUUGUUGCACACUACUCCUGUGACUUUGACCAGUGCUUCAAUUAAAGCCAGCACCAAUUAUGGUAAUAAGAUUCUUGCAACAUCCGAUAAAAGUUUUAUAACUUCACAAAUUGUUAUUACUCCAUCUUUUACUGUUCAGCACCACAAGACAGAUCGGUCAGUAUUAAACAAAAUUUACAUGUCAAAACAAAGGACACCAUCUUUGUUAUCAUCAAUGCAUGGCAGCUUAUCAUCAAGUACUAUUAAUCAGUAUGGUGCAGUACCACCAGAAGAUGUAAAAAUUGUGACCAGUGUGAAAUAUACAAACAGGAUGACCUCAGUUGUUGCAACUACAUCCUAUCAGAAGAAGGAAAUGUCAUCAUCUCUAGGAUCAACAAUUUUAGCUGAUUUAGAAACAGUAUUGACCAAACAAACCGAAUUGCAAACACCAUCAUCAACAGUUGUCAUUACUUCUUCCGCAAUCGCUCAAGUAACUUCACAGUAUUUCACAUCGAGCAUAAUCAUAGGCGAAUUUACAACAGCUUCAAGCUAUAUGAUGUCAAAUAAUGCAUUUUUAACCACUUCUAAGUCAACUACCAGUGUACAACUAUCAAGAAAUAAAACCACUACAUUGACUUCAAGUACACAGUUAUUGAAAGCGUUAUCUAGUGUCUAUUUGAUGUCUUCAAGUUAUACAAGGCUUUCCAGUUUCAAGACAUACAGCUCAAUUUCAUCAUUUCCUUUAUCUUCAAAUGCAAAAACUAUUUUAAGAACUUCUUCUCGACCAUCGUCUUCUUAUAUUGUUAAAGCUAACCAAAGCACAAAAAUCCAGUCGAGUGCUGUAUCCUCAUCAAAACAUAUCGCAGUAUCAGUACCUCCUCCCACGACACCACCAACGACACCACCCACGACACCACCUACGACACCAACAAAUAGUACAAGCACUACAACUGAAUUCAUAACAUCAUUACCAACAACGGAAGAGUCAUUUACGAAUCAACCUGGAAUUAAAACAUUACCAAGCAUUUUAGAUAAAACAACCGGUACCACGUUGAAAAUUCAAAUUUACAUUCCAUACGACCAUACAGAAGUGAAGCAUGUGUAUAUUUUAGUGCAAGAAUUUAAAGAUGGUGUUUCAGAUUCUGCAAGUGUGUCUACAUGGUUUGAUGUCAACAACCGACCGGCUCACCGGUUCCGCAGAUAUCGAGCUGUUGAAAUUCCAAACUUGAAAAAAUCAGUUAAAAACUUGAAUCAUGAUGAAACAAAAAGAAUGAAAAGAGAAGCGGUAAAUAAUAAUGAUGGAAUGCAUGCAACAAGCAUCGGAAUCGAUUUGAAAUGUGAUAUACAACCGAUAUAUGUAUGUAAUGGUCCUUUGAAGCCUGGAACUAGUUACAGAUUUCAAGUUGAAGCGGAGUUAUUUAACAAGUCGAUUUAUCAUUCUCAAUUUACAGAAGCUCAUACGACAUAUAAAGAAACAAUCAACACAAAGAUUGCAGGUCCAAACACUACAAUUUUAAUCGUUCUUUCUGUUUUGUUGGUUUGUUUUAUAUUGUUGAGUUUGAUUAUCACUAUCGUUGUGUGCAGACGAAGACAAAGAGGACGAAGUUUACGUGGCGACUCAACUGAUGACGUGCGAUCUGCAUUGAUGCAUUCCAGUCAAAAAUCCUCCAAACAUUCCAGACGGAAAUUCGCAGGACCAGAUAUCUUGAUGGAAAGACGAAAAAGUAUCAAAGGGAUGACCAGACCUGUUUCUGUUCGUGAUUUCCGCGCUUGGGUUCUACGAAGCUCAUCAGACAGCGACUUUCGUUUCGCAGAAGAAUUUGAGUCCAUGCGAGAUGUUGGUAAAUUUGAACGACAUGAGGUGGCUGACAUGCCGGAGAACCGCGGUAAAAAUAGAUACGUGAACGUGCUUGCAUAUGAUUAUACACGAGUAAAAUUAACGUCGAUUGACGAUGAACCUGGUUCGGAUUAUAUCAACGCAAAUUAUGUACACGGCUAUAAACGACCUAGAGCAUAUAUAGCUUCUCAAGGUCCUCUACCAAGUACGACAGAUGACUUCUGGAGGAUGACCUGGGAGCAGAAUUCACGAAUUAUUGUCAUGGUAACACAGUGUAUGGAACGGGGUCGGGUUAAAUGUCACGAGUAUUGGCCGACCACAGAGUCGACUCGUUUCGGAGAAAUAGUGGUUACGCAACUGUCGGAGUAUGAAGCGUCAGAAUGGGUUGAAAGAGAAUUUCUACUCGAGUUUGAGGGCGAAACGCGGCAUUUACGACAUUAUCAAUUUAUAGCAUGGCCGGACCACGGUGUACCGAAAUCUACAACAGCAAUGCUUGACUUUAUACAUACUAUCAGAUUACAACAACAACCAGAAGAUGGCCCGCUUAUUUGCCAUUGCUCUGCUGGAGUUGGAAGGACUGGUACCUACUUAUGUCUCGAUAUCCUAAUGAAUAAAUUACACUAUGAAUACAAUGUAGAUGUAUACGGUGUCGUGUGUUUAAUGCGAACACAGCGUUGCUCGAUGGUUCAAACAGAGGAUCAAUACAUCUUUAUUCACCGUGUCAUGCUUGAAUAUUUGCAACAAAAGGAGGACAAGCAACAAAUCUUUUCAACUCUCACUCGUCCAACAAAUGGUCAAACACCGGUUGUGUUUACUACCAAUGGUGAUGAUGAUCAUCCCGACAGCGAUGCAUUCUUAGACGAAGAUGAACAGUUGAACGAAAAACUGGUGGAGCGAACAGAAUUUUCAACUGAUAUCGACGACGAGUUGCACAGUAGUCAAAAUAGUGUAUGCGAAACAUCCACGUGACAUUUUACAAGCACGUGAUUGGCUGAGCUACUCAGUAAUCAAAAUAGUAUAUGAGAAUCAUCCUUGUGACAUUUUACAAGCACAUGAUUGGCUAAGUUACUCAGUAAUCAAAAUAGUAUAUGACAAACAUUCACGUGACAUUUUAUAAGCACAUAAUUGGCUGAGCUACUCAGUAAUCAAAAUAGUGUAUGAGAAACAUCCACGUGACAUUUUACAAGCGCAUGAUUGGCUGAGCUACUCAGUAUUGCAAAUAGUGUAUGGGAAACAUCCACGUGACAUUUUACAAGCGCAUGAUUGGCUGAGCUACUCAGUAUUGCAAAUAGUGUAUGGGAAACAUCCACUCUUUGGAAUACUGAGUAUAUUGACAUGUUUUUUUGUUUUUAAAACGAACGGUGCACCGACAAGCACUCAAUCAGCUUUAAAAAAAAAUUUAAAACGUAAGUGCUGGUAGUUGAGAUGACAGCGUUAGAUAUAUUUGAAUUUUUAUUUUAUUUAUUUGUCAAACAAAUUUUAUACAUAUGUACAUAGAAAAAAUCUUUUAUAUUUUACCGAGAUUUCGCCUGUUUUAGGUAGGAUGCAGACACUAUAAGCAUUUUUAUUACGCAUGCGCAAAACAUAGAGAUCGCGUAAAAAUUUUCCUUACGUACAAAAAUGACCUAUCACCUUUCUGAGGAUUCAGUUGCGCUGCGAGAACUACUCAUCUUUUUUCAAGAGCUGUAUUGUAUAUAAUCUUUUACGAAGUAAGAUAGUUGCAAGAUUUA